AUGCCAUCAUUGGACCCAAUUCCAGCCCAGAAAAAUGAUCAGGUCGAGAUCAAUUCCGACGAUGAAGCCGACCCUGAGUUGGUAGAGCUUCUUCGCCAGCAUUUCGGACUGGGCGAAAAGCCAAAAGAUGCCCCGCCAGAAACCAAAGUGCUUGAUGGGGCUCAGUAUGUUUUCGACAAUGCCAUUGAUGUUGCAGUCAGCCUUGCUCACACCAAAGAGGCUGCGGAAACUAUAUGGCGUAUGAUGCAGAAGAAAGAGUAUUCCACACACACCUGGUCGGAGCAUGAACUACACCCACAGACCAAAGAUGAGAGCACAGUUGAUUUCAUUUUUACAAUGGACUUGUUAAACUUCAGUUUCUGGUCUGAGGAAGAGGAAGAGCCAAAACGAUUCUGCAUUGAGUAUCGUGGCAAGCUGUGGACUGGUUAUUGGAGUCUGGUUGCUGCACUACAACGAGCACUUGAUGAAGAUAUUCCAAUCACAACCCCCGACUUCUGGGUGGAUGAAGAAAGGUGCACGGACGAGCUACUCAGACAUGUAUUCCGUUCUGCAACAGAUGGGGAGAUUCCUAUGUUCAAAGAACGAGUGCAAUGUCUACGUGAAGCAGGCGAGGUUCUUUGCGAGGAGUUCGGCGGCAGCUUUAUUAACUGCAUUGAUAGUGCUAACCUCUCCGCCGCAGGACUGGUCAACAUCUUAACAGAGAGCUUUUGCUGCUUCCGCGACGAGACCAUCUUCCACGGAAAGAAAGUGCGGCUCUACAAACGUGCUCAGAUCCUGGUUGCCGAUCUCUGGGCCUGUUUCAACGGCGAAGACUUUGGUGAAUUCCAUGACAUUGACAAGAUCACCAUGUUUGCAGACUACCGCAUUCCACAGAUGCUGCAUCAGCUGAACUGUCUUCGCUACGCACCUAAAUUGGAAAACCAUAUCCGUGACUUGAAGCCCAUUGAACCAGGUUCAAACUGGGAGAUCGAGCUUCGUGGAACCAGCAUUUGGUGUGUUGAGUUGAUCAAACGAGAGAUCGAAAAACAACACCCGGAGGUCAAAAUGAACCGCGAAAAGUCCCCUUCCAAGGGGCCUCCUGGCGACGAUAAGAGCCAUGAAAGUGAAGACUCGGAUGAGAAAUUGAAAAUUGAAGAGAAACCGCGAAAGACAUAUGGCAUCAAUGCGAUCCUCAUUGACUUUUUCUUGUACGACACAAUGAAGAGCCUGGAGGCAGAGAAAAACGAGUCCAUACCUCAUCACCGGACGAGAAGCAUUUGGUACUAA